CAGAGUGAGAUUCCACAGUGGGGAGCGGUAUUUUCCGAGGAGCUCGUGAAGGCAGCACCAGUCUCCGGGAUCCUGGGUGUGUGCAGUCAGUUCAGCCCAGAGACAGAGAGAGAAAACACCAGGAACCUCUCAGCGUGAGUCCAGCUGUGCCUGUCAUCUGUCACCUUGUUUGAAAACUCCUACUCUUCCUCCGGCGGACGGACCGAGAAUGGGAAACUACCCGAGCUAGUUUCUGAAGAGGACACACAUUCAGUGGGGGAACUGAGCUAUAACUACCAGGUUAGUUAGCUCACCGCACAACGUCUCGCUACCAGCUUUAUUCGUAGUUAGGUUGAGCCUUCAGUCACAACAUUUACCUCCGGGAGAAGGAACCAGAGCACGGUGGAGAUGCAGACCUUUCUGAAAGGCCGGAGAGUCGGCUACUGGCUGAGCGAGAAGAAGAUGAAGAAGCUGAAUUUUCAGGCCUUCGCUGACCUGUGCAGGAAAAGGGGAAUAGAAGUUGUUCAGCUGGAUCUCAGUCAGCCUCUGGAGGAGCAGGGUCCCCUGGAUGUCAUAAUCCACAAACUGACUGACCUCAUCCUGGAGGCUGACCAGAAUGAUUCACAGGCCGUGCUGCUCGUUCAAAGAGUACAGGACUAUAUUGAUGCCCACCCUGAGACCAUCGUUCUGGACCCCCUUCCAGCCAUCCGAACUCUGCUGGACCGCUGCAAGUCCUACCAGCUCAUCCACAGGAUAGAGAGCUGUAUGAAAGAUGAGAGGAUUUGCUCCCCUCCAUUCAUGGUCCUGAACACUGAGUGCAGCCCAGAUGUGCUGGAGCAGAUCAGGAGGCAAGGAAUCUCAUUCCCCUUCAUUUGCAAAACACGGGUGGCUCACGGCACCAACUCCCAUGAGAUGGCCAUUAUCUUCAGCGAAGAGGACCUGAACGACGUGAGGCCCCCAUGUGUGAUCCAGAGCUUCAUCAACCACAACGCAGUCCUCUACAAGGUGUUUGUGGUGGGGGACUCCUACACUGUGGUGGAGAGACCUUCACUGAAGAACUUCCCUGCUGGACCAGCAGACAGGAAAGCCAUUUUCUUCAACAGCCACAAUGUUUCCAAGCCAGAGUCGUCCUCAGACUUGACCUCGAGAGAGAAUGUAGAGGGCGUGUCUCAGCCACCCAGCGACGAUGUCAUCAGAGAGUUGUCCCGGUCCUUGCGGGAGGCGCUGGGCGUGUCCCUGUUUGGCAUCGACGUCAUCAUCAACAACCAAACGGGCCAACAUGCCGUCAUUGACAUCAAUGCAUUCCCGGGUUAUGAGGGCGUCCCAGAGUUUUUCAACGACCUCCUGACCCACAUCAGCAGUGUGCUUCAGAGCCACAACCCUGACUUCGCCCCCGCCAGCGAGCCGCCCAAAGCCCUGCCAGUGAGCACCACGGUACCUAACGCCGUCCCGCCGGCCCCCGGCUGCUGCAGCAUGCUGGGUAAAGAUGCCAGCGGCAGCCCAUGGAUCGUAGAGGGCGACGGAGGCCUGAAAGGCCCGCGCCAGAGACUGGGCUGCAACUCGGCCAUGUCCCCCAACUUCCAGCAGCACUGUGUCUCCACGAUAGCUACCAAGGCUUCCUCCCAGUGACUGAUCCCCCGCCCCCUACUCCGUUUGAUCCCUGAACAAAAAACGGAUGACAAUGGUGACAAUAAUAAUAAAUAAUAAUCAUAAUAAUUAUGAUGUUAAUGAUGAUAAUAUAUCUAAUCAAAAAACAAACCUUUUGCUAUAUAGUUCUUGAAAAUGAUGGUGAUUGGGUGUAAGCUUUUUUCUCUCUGCCUUUUUGUAUUUUUCGUUCUGUCUAAUGAGACUUAACAGUACUGUAAUGUGAACUUUUGGGAACUUCUGCCUAAUAGCUGAUUUUAUUUUUUCUCUCCUGUGUGAGUUCUCUGUAAUGAAAGGGUCCAGAUGAGGUAGCUAAUGGGAAUGGCCGAAUCAGGACUGGAGAAAGAUGUGCCACUAAAUGUGCAAUGUAGGACCCCUCGUAUCACACACACACUCACAUACACGCACAGGUAUGCUUCCUUUGCGACGGACCGUGCCAGUGAUGCGUGUUUGUAUGCUGGUCAACAUCACUGACUCCUCUGCACAAAGUGAGGGGAGGGGAGGGGAGGUGACUGGGCAAUUGAACACUACUCUAUAGGAUCCCGGGCUGCUAUGUGACUGUGGCCAACCGACGGCAGAGGACAUACUGAGUCUGAAAAUGAAUGACGAGAUAGUUUUUCGUUUUGCUAGACUGAACAAACAGGUAAGCCGUUUACUUUUCCGAGUGCCAUUGAAUUUACUUUAAGUGUAGGAAGGACACCUUCAGAAUACACAUUAUUUUCAGCGGUUAAAAAGACGAAAAGCGAAUCUCCAUUACCACGUGACCAAGUUUUGUUUUUGUUUUUUUUCUUAAAUGAUUUUUGUCGCACCAGUGUUUAUAGGUCUUUUGAGUGUUUUACUGUACGUCAGAUCCCGGAUGUUAGGUGUUCAUCAAACAAACCGCGUCCUUGUUUUGAGUCCCAGUCUGAGGCGCUCCAGUGCAGGAAGACAAGGAUCACAUUCCUUUUUGCGUUUUGUGGAUGUUUUUAGAGGAUUCCAUCAUUUCUUUGGAAUUCCACCCGGGUCUUGGGAGACUUGUCACAUCACUCCAUGGUUUUGCAGUCUCCUUAACCAGACUCUACAUGUUGUCAGCGCUGUUGUCUGUAACUUGAACAAACUACUCACCUGAGGCCUACUUGACCUAUCAACAGACUUGGGGCUGCUUUCACUUUUCAUUGAAUCAUUAAUUAGAAAUUGUUCCACGAAAAUCAAGGUAAAAUGUGUAUUUUGAAUCCCACCUAAAAUUGGUGUUAUCAUUUUGCUACCAUUUUCAAGAUAAUUGAGGAAUUUAUUAAUCCUUGACUCGAUUUAAAUACACACUAUCUGCACUUCUUACAAAAAUUCAAUUUUAAUGAGUCCCUCAGUCCAGUUGGUUCAUUUGCUUCAAGCUUCAUCCUCCGACCCAUCUUCUGUUCCAGCUGCUGUAUUUGUGUCACAUUUUAAAAUCAUUUGGAGGGAAAGUGGUGGGAGGAGGUCCAGUUCUUGUUCCCAGUGUUCACUGUGAGAUUUUUUUACUUCAAUUUUGUUAAUAUCUUUGUCCUUACAUCUACUAAGAGCAACUUUAUUUUAUUGAGGGUUUUAUGGGGAAAAAAUGUUUUAUAUAAAUGAAAUGAAAGAACGUGAUGUUUUUGAACAAACAGUGGACAUUUAUUAGAGGAAUAGUAAAAUGCUGGGUGCAGUUGUUAAGGGGACAGAGGAGCUCGUGACUGAUGCUGUCGUCUCCCUCUAGCAUCUAGUGGGAACGAGCACCAACCUGCGGUGCAUACAGAUUAUUGCAUUCCCCCUGAGCCUGCUUCUCCUCCUUCUCUUGUCACAGAGAGCUCCUCCUAUCUGUUGUAUUUCUUCCCAUCAGUAUCCGAGAGAACCGACUGUCCUCUAGCUUGUGAUCGUAAAUAAUAGUGUCACUGCAGCCAUCUCACCAGCAUCUCUCCAGGACAAAAGAAUACUAAUGACGUUCUGGAAAUUUGUUUUCACGAGACAGAACAUAUUGUGAGAUAACAGUUACAAUCCUGUUUUAACUCCCCAGAAUUUGAGUUUGUACUCAAGCAUCAAUACAUUCAAAAUGUGAAGGUGUUGCAGCAGGUUCAGGGGCAACUUUCACAUCCUUUUCCCCUGAUCUAGGUGUUUCCCCACCUAGAAAGAGGGGUGACGAUGAGGGUGUGUUCCUGUUUAGGUGGGAAAGGCUGAUAUGUGUACACCACUAUACUGUGUCUUAUCUCGUGUUCCUAAUUGUGCUUCUAAAUGGGAAAUAAAUGGUUAACCCUAUCCUUGAUCAUUUCUGCAACCCAGACAGUGUCAUCCUACUCCCAGCUUCCACCUGAAUGUUUACUUCUUGGGUGUCUUGUACAGUACGUGUAUAUAUGCCUAGGCUUACAUCCGUACAGUAUGUUGUUUUGUAUCAGUUACGUAACAGAGGAAUCCAUAAUUUUGUGACCUUUUUUUAAUUAAAUGGCCAAACCAACAGGGCGAAAUAAACAUGAAACCUCACCUGGCUGUAUUU